GGCCGCGGCGGCGGCGGAGUCACAUGAGUCACAUGAGCUACUUCAGCCCGGCUCCAGAGCCCGUGACCCGACCCCUGGCGCGCUCUGUGUCCUGGACUACAGACAGGAGAGGCGGCGACUCACAGACGUAUCACACCUCACAGCUCCGCCGGAGAUUAUGAUGCCGAUCAUCACAAGGACGGCGGCCACGCCUCAGUCAUCUCCCCACGCCACGCUGGAGAGCAGGCACAACCACCGGCACGCUGCCCUGGCUGACGUCAUACAGGGUGGCGAGUGCCGGAACGGCUCCGGCCUCUCGGGGGCGGGACACUGUUCACUGAGCUCCUGUCCGUCGACACCGGGCCGCUCUGACGUCAGCAGCCACGAGCCAAUCGCUGAGGAGGGAGAGGAGGGCACCUCCGAACAGGAGACACCGCAGCCCACACUCAGUCGUCAGGCGAGCGUCAACCGCGGCCAGCCUCGCUCCUGUCUGGCCCGCAGCAGGAGUGUCAGGAGCGGUCACAAAGUCGAGAUCGAUGACCCGGCGUCGGCACCGACGACUGACAGACUGUCGGGGCGAGACGAGCUAUACCAGCGGUACAACGGUCGCGUGAGGAAGUUCUCAUGCGACUCCCAGCAGCGGCCACCGUCCAGCGACGGCUCCAGAAGGCUGAGUUUCUCCGACACACCGUCCAGCUUCAUGGCCAGCCGUCAUAACUCCUUCGGCAGUCGCCGAAACUCCACUGUUAGCCGGCAUAACUCGUUUGGGAGCCGGCCUAACUCACUGAGUAGUCGGCAGAAUUCCUUUCGGAGUCGAAACAACUCGAUUGGAAGCCGGUACUAUUCGAUUGGCAGCCGUCAAAACUCAGUUGGGAGCAGGAGGAAUUCGGUCACCAGUCGACAAAACUCGUUUCGGUUCAGUCGACAGAGCUCACUGCAUCGGCAGUCCUCGGUGUGCUCCCGGUCGUCGGCGGCGCCCAAGUUCACCGUUCUCGCGCUGGACACGAUACCCCUGGACCGGAGUGGCUCGGCUCUCACCAACUCCAUAUCACCACAUAAGAAGGUGCCGAAACUGCUGGGUCUCUUCGAGCCGCUCGAGUGUAUGAAGAAGAGGGCUGACUGGUCGCUGUAUCUCUUCGCCCCGGAUAAUGUCGUGCGGCGACUAUGCCGAUGGCUGACGGCGCAGCGCUGGUUCGACCACACCAUCCUAUUCUUCAUCGCCCUCAACUGUAUCACGCUGGCCAUGGAGAGACCCAACAUCCCUCCCGACUCGUACGAGCGGGCCUUCCUCGUCGCCUGUAACUACCUCUUCACGGUGGUCUUCGGACUGGAGAUGCUGGUCAAGGUGAUAUCCCAUAACCUGUUGUACGGCCACAACAGCUACUUCAGUUCGGGCUGGAACGUCAUGGACGGCAUCCUGGUACUCAUCAGCGUGGUUGACCUCUGCAUGUCUCUCAUGUCCACCGGCUCACCAAAGAUCUUCAACAUACUCAGGGUGUUCCGCUUGUUGCGCUCACUGCGUCCCUUGCGGGUCAUCAACCGCGCACCCGGUCUGAAGCUGGUGGUACAGACGCUGCUUUCCAGCCUGAAGCCCAUCGGUAACAUCGUCCUCAUCUGUAUGACCUUCUUCGUCAUCUUCGGCAUUCUCGGCGUUCAGCUGUUCAAGGGCACAUUCUACUACUGCGACGGUGACGACUUAGUGGGUGUCACCAACAAAACUGAGUGUCUCAGUCGACCGGGAAACGUCUGGGUCAACCGCAAGUACAACUUUGACAACCUGGGCACGGCGCUGAUGGCCCUGUUCGUGCUCUCGUCGAAGGACGGCUGGGUGAACAUCAUGUACACCGGUCUGGACGCAGUGGGGGUGGAUCAGCAGCCGAUCGAGAACUACUCCGAGUGGCGUCUGGUGUACUUCAUCUCGUUCCUUCUCCUGGUCGGCUUCUUCGUGCUCAACAUGUUCGUCGGAGUCGUGGUGGAAAACUUCCACCGGUGUCGUGAAGAACAAGAGAAGGAGGAGAAGGCGCGCAGGGCCGCCAAACGAGCCAAAAAGAUGGAGAAGAAGAGGAAAAAAAUGCGCGAGCAGCCCUACUACGCCACGUACACGCCCGGGCGCCUUCUCAUCCACAACAUCGUCACCUCCAAGUACUUCGACCUGGCCAUAGCCAAUGUGAUCGGUCUGAACGUGGUCUCCAUGGCUAUGGAGUACUACAAGAUGCCCGAGGAGUUGCGGUACGCGCUGCGCGUCUUCAACUUCUUCUUCACUGCCGUCUUCACGUUGGAGAUGCUGAUGAAGGUGGUGGCACUCGGCUGGAGGCGCUACCUCAAGGACAGGUGGAACCAGCUGGACGUCGGUAUCGUGGUCCUCUCGGUGGUCGGUAUCGUACUAGAGGAGAUGGAAAACGACCUGAUACCCAUCAACCCGACCAUCAUUCGAGUCAUGAGAGUCAUGAGGAUAGCCAGGGUGCUGAAGCUGUUGAAGAUGGCGAAGGGAAUCCGGGCCCUGCUGGACACGGUAAUGCAGGCGCUGCCGCAGGUCGGCAACCUGGGCCUCUUGUUCUUCCUACUGUUCUUCAUCUUCGCCGCACUGGGAGUGGAGCUGUUUGGUCGGCUUGAGUGUAAGGAGGAGUACCCCUGCCAGGGUCUGGGCGAGCACGCCAACUUCAGAAACUUCGGCAUCGCCUACCUGACGCUGUUCAGGGUGGCGACCGGAGACAACUGGAACGGCAUCAUGAAGGACACGCUACGGGAGAACUGCGAUUCGUCAGCGGACUGCAUCAAGAACUGCUGCGUCUCGCCCGUGAUAGCCCCCAUCUUCUUCGUCGUGUUCGUGCUGAUGGCUCAGUUUGUGCUCGUGAAUGUGGUGGUCGCGGUGCUGAUGAAACAUCUGGAGGACAGCCAUAAACAGAUGGAGGAUGACGUGGACAUGGAGCUGGAGCUGGAGCGACAGAUGGAGAGGGAGCAACAGCUGGACAAUAUCAAACAGGUUCAGAAGCUGGUGGAGGAACAGUGCAACAGUCAGAGAAGGCGGGCGGCGCUCGUCAAGACACCCUCACUGCCGGCAAACUUUGUCUUUCACGACUCUUCUGAGGGCGACACAUCAUCGGUGUCUCUGCGGCCUCCUCUUCAGCGGAGUUGCGUCAGCUUUGAUGCCGAACAUGUGGCAGGCCUAGCUACACCCAGUGUCAGCCAACUGAAACUGCCGGUGGAGACAACCACUGCAAUGCUGACAAUCGAAACCAACUCUGCUAGUCGGUCUGACAACCAGGGAAGUAGCUUCUACGGCGACCGCGGCAUCAGGCGAGGAAGUCAGGGAGCGGUGGCGGAGAGUGUUGGUCCAGCGGACAUAUCAGUAGAGCGGGCGCAGGAUCAGCGCCCGACUUCCUCCGCAGUUAGUUAUCUGGCCUCCUGCGUGGCGGCCUCCAUGAUGCCUCCAGGAACUCUUCAGGAACUCUCGUCUAGAACUCCUGGAGGGGAUCACUCUGUGGAGCUGACGCUGAACCCGGGUCUGGCUCGGACCGCGGAUCCGGUGGUUUUCUUAGCGAACCGCGCCUCGACUGGGCCGGGUGUGUCGUCGUUCGACCAGUCCUCGGUCAAAUCCAUGACUUCUGCGGGUCUGUCGGGAACCGCUGAGACGUCCCAGGCUUCUGGUCAGUCUGGAGGAAAGGCUUCCAGUCAGACUGCGCGUCAGACUUCGGGACGGACUGCAGGGAAAACUGGCGCCGGGCCUGCGAUCUCAACUGUGACACAGCUUGUCGCUCAAACGCUGAACCCGUUGGCAGCCAUCGGGAGGAGUUUGACAUCGCCCUCACAAGCUCCGCCCCUCUCCCCCGCUGUAGCUUCCUCUGCCUGUGCGUCAUCUGCAACGAAGUCUGCGGUUUCAGCGUCUGCUUCUUCUUCGUCUACUGCUGUGACGCCUGCUUCUCUAGUAUCAUGCACUCCAGUGUCUUCAGUUUCAACAUCUACUGCUACAACAGGUUCAGUUCCAGCUUGUUCAGCUUCAGUGUCAACAGCUAUAGCGUCAGUUAACCCAACAUCGCAAACCUCGACAUCGUGUCCUCCGUCAGCAUUGCCAUUAUCACCAACGACAGAGACAAACAGUCCCGUAUCGGAGGGCAGAACUGCGCCCUGUUCUCCUGUGGCAGAGGACGCGUCACCUCCUUCAGACUCUCCGACGAUUCGCAGAGGCUCUGAGAGUGUCCCUCCCGAGGCGGCAAAGUCGACAGAAGGUGAGGACAGAGUGGAGAGAGCAGACACAGCCGGGAGCAGGGAGCGGACGACGGGGUCGGAGCGAACGCCCCUCCCUGAGCUGUACUCAUUCGAGGAGGCAGCGCGAGUGCUUCUGACGAGUUUCGAUACGUGUAGAGCGCUACAGCGGCCGAUGGACGUGGAUUCGACCAGCUGUUCGGCAUGUUCGUCUCCGGCUGAUACUGCGGGGAGCUGGUCGGACCUCGCCUCAUAGCGAUAGUGACCGCGCUGGGAGCCCGGGGGCAACGGGACAGUGACUGUGAAUCACGCAGGUGAUGACUGUGACUGUAGCCAUAAGCAAAAACUUCAGUGAGCGAGAAUUAUUUAGGGAUAUUCGCCAGGGGCCACAACGAGUAGUCUCGGACUAAAGUCGAUUGCAUGCCGGGCAUGAGGGUCUUAGCGAUAAUGAACUUAUGUCCAGGACACCUUACCCCGAGUCCCUGUCGGAUGACUCGCUGUCUUUGCUAUGUAACAUCCUUGGUCACCGUGUAGCACGAUGUGCAUCAGAAACGUUCAUUGUCCAGCUCAUACCAUCCGAAGAGUCAGUGAUAUGAUACUUGGCGAGACUUCGACAGCAUCGAAUGUAUACCAGCAGGUGGAUUCCAGCAGUAGGCCGCAGACACGGACGUAUAAAUAAACGUUUAUUUAUGGCGUUUAUUUAUAAAUUACGUCCGUGGCUGCAGCCAAUGGAGCUGUUCAAACCCUCCUAGGGCUUGUAAUACCCUCGGUUCAAAGCUUUCCAACUCAUGUGGACAUGUCUCACUAGAUUACCAAUCACUGUGGACGUGCGUCACCAAAUAAUGUCGAUUCGUGAUACCAGAUCACUAAAAUAUCCACUGUAGACCUGUGCUGCCGAACUGGACGUCAAAAUGCUAGCAUGUGACCCCUAGUGACACUGAAUGCCCGACAACUGGAACAAUGAUCUGAUUCGUCAACCAGAACAAUAAUUUGUAUGCGCCCGGCCGGCCCGGGGACGGACGAUCCCAUUCAGAUCCCGUGUGUGUGUGUCAAAGUAUUACUGCAAACAUGUAUGCCUACAUACGAAGGCCUAGCGCACAUUGUUGUACUCAGAGAAUGUUUAUUGAAGUGUUUGUGUGUCUGUGUGCGCUUGAGAGCCGUAAGAACGUGUGGUUGGGUGGCGGUGGGCCGAACUGUGCUCACCGGAAGGUGAUGGUGCGAUAUGGUCAGAAGUGCUCCCUGAUUUAGUAUCACGAUACUGAGCAUGGCGUCACAAACUCUGUGUUAUAGACGGCGGUGGCGAUAAGAGUGUUAUUGUAUUGCCAUGUUGGUAAAAAUGAGCGUUGUUGACGUUUUCACCCUGAACGCUAGCAAUACAUCGGUUCCGUUAAGAUC